UUUAAAGCUUGCACCUCCCCCAGUCCCCAGUCAAGGUAGGGGCUCGCGAAGAGUUUCUUUGCCCAGUGGCAAACUGCUCAUCUGGCCAAGUUGCGGUACCAUGUUCCCCGGGUUUCACCCAUUGCGAAUGAGUCGAGACCUCCGGAAAAGCACGACUCGAGACAAUGCGACCGACCAGCUGACAAUAUCCACGGAAAUGCGCCUUUUUUUAUGAGCAGAGGUGACAUCUAAACUGUGAUGUCUCGUCUGGUCCAGCGAUGCCCCAAAUCCCCGAAUACGGGCGCCUGUCAUUCCCGAGGGGCCCUUGGGUCUCCCUGGUUUCCCAUGUGGAUCGGCCUCCUCCGUGAGGUCCAUCCACUCUCCAAUUCUAAAUCAAAUGCCAUUCAAAUAGGUUCCCAUACCCCGUUCGAGGCCCUGGAUGAAUUGAGAUUUCUUUGAUUGUUGCCGUCGACCAUCAGAACAUAAUGAUGACUCGCGACGUGGAGAAGCGCGCCGGGGCAGUAGACCCAGCUCUUGUCGAGGAAGAAACGGGAGCAGUCCCCGCUGCAAGCUUUGAGUAUGGCAAUUCCUUGUACGCCAGGCUUCAACGACUCGGCGGUAAGAUCAAAGUCGAACAGCGAGGCAUCGAGCGUGUCCCGGAUGACGAGAGAAAUGAUAGUUCGUACUGGAACAUUGGCUCAAUGUGGCUGGCUGCAAAUAUGGUGGUCCCUUCCUUCACCAUUGGAGUCUUGGGCAAGCCCUUGUUCGGCAUGGGAUUCAUCGACUCGGCUCUGGUCAUCAUCUUUUUCAAUUUUAUCGGAGUGCUCACCGUCUGCUUCUUCUCCAUCUUUGGCGCCGCCUUCGGAUUGCGUCAAAUGGUAUUAUCCAGAUUCUGGUUCGGCUGGUGGGGUGUCAAGCUAAUCGCAAUCUUCAAUGUUCUAGCCUGUGUUGGAUGGGCUGCCGCCAACAUCAUUGUCGGAGCGCAGUUGAUCAAUGCCGUUAAUCCAGACGUUCCAGGAUAUGCUGGUAUAUUGAUCAUCGCCUUUUGUACACUCGUCAUUGUUUUCUUUGGCUAUCGAGUUGUGCACGCCUAUGAAUAUUGGAGCUGGAUUCCAACUUUCAUCGUGUUUCUCGUGGUCUUGGGUGUCCUUGCCCAUUCGGGUGAUUUCAUCAAUACUCCAAUGGGAGUUGGUAAAGCCGAGCUGGGUGCGGUGCUAUCUUACGGCUCCACCGUGUUCGGCUUUGGCACGGGUUAUACAAGCUUCGCUGCAGACUAUACAGUCUAUCAACCAAGUAACCGCCCCCGCCGUAAUGUGUUCCUGGCUACCUGGCUCGGGAUCUUUCCAACUCUUUUAUUUACUGAACUUCUGGGCGCUGCGCUUGCCACCGCAAUGGCUCACAAUGGUGGUGACAACGCAUAUCAGCAGGGAUGGGAUGACGCAGGCGUAGGCGGUCUUCUGGGCGCCCUUCUGUUCCCACGUGUCGGAGUGUUCGGCAAGUUUUGUGUCGUGAUACUUGCCCUCUCCAUCGUGGCCAACAAUUGUCCCAACAUCUACUCCGUCUCCCUCACUCUCAUGGUAAUGGGACGGUGGACCCGACAUGUCCCUCGAUUCGUCUGGACGAUAGUCGCUACCGGAGUUUAUAUUGCAAUCGCCAUACCCGGGUACAGUCAAUUCGAGGCAGUGCUGGAGAAUUUCAUGCAUUUCAUCGGGUACUGGCUCGCCAUUUAUGAGGGCAUUGCUCUUACGGAGCACUUCAUGUUUCGUCGGGGGUUCUCUGGCUAUCAUCCCGAGGAUUAUGACAUGCGCGAUAAACUUCCUCCAGGAAUCGCGGCUCUGCUCGCAUUCUGCUGCGGUGUCGUUGGAAUGGUGACUGGUAUGAGCCAGUCAUGGUAUGUCGGCCCCAUCGCAAGAUCGGCUGGGCCGGCCCCAAAUGGCGGCGAUGUUGGUUUUGAGAUGGGCUUUGCAUUAGCAGCAGUCUCAUAUGCCAUACUUAGGACCAUUGAGCUGAAGCUUUUCAAAAGGUAAAAGAUUACUUUGUGGUGUCUAUUGUGACAAAUCAUGGAAAUUUCCGGGUACAAUAUACCGAGGGAUGGACUUUUGAGAAUCAAAAUCGCAAUGCAUAUACAGUCGGGGUUUCCUGAACAGCACCUCAUUGGGUUUAGUUUUAAUUCUAGAAAACGUCCAUCUCAUUUGA